GACAAUGAUCAUCAAUGGUCCAAUAUUUUCGAGGAUGACUAUGCAGAUUUUCGUUUUUUGAAUCCACCCUUCGCACAGCCUAUUCAUUCUUCGCAAUAUGUCGUCAAGCCACCUCCUCGUAGGAACCUCGUGGCAGGAACUUCAUCAACGCAAUGGACGUCCUCAGCGCAGCAGCUCGCUACACCAAGAGACUAUUUCCUACACCUCAGGAAGCCGCAGUUCUGGUGUAGGAAGUUAGUCAUGAUAGGAGGUAGUUUCACGUGCUCUAUGUAUGGAGAUGAGAACGGCAUGGACGGCAAUAAGCUCAUAUGCUUGGACCCUCCCUUGGAACUGCCACCCGGUCCUGACGCCCGCCACUGCCUAACGCUCUCCUUCGGCACCCAGACGGAGGUGUCUUUCGAUAAGGCCAUGCUCAGUCUGCCUUGCGAGGUUCAUAUGUUCGAUGUUCUGGACUACAAACCCCUCAGUCGCUUUGUGAACCCACGCCAUGCUUAUUUCCACCAGGUUGGGCUAGCAAACAGUAAACGCAAAAACUUCUACAUAAAUUUGAAUGAUUCAUUCCAAAUGGAUACGUUGACUGGCCAUCUGGUUACCAAUAAACUUAAUCCCAGGCCUGUGCACAUUCUCAAGGUAGAUAUUGAAGGCGACGAGUGGGAAGUAUUUGAACACCUGGUGAAGCAACCGAUUUUGGAUCUUGUGGGACAGAUUGCUGUUGAGGUUCACGUUGAGAAGGUGUUGAAACUGCCACCCGAGGAGAGGCUGGACUAUCUUCAAAAACGUUACGACAUCUUGAAGUCUAUCGAGAGCCGUGGCUUCCUCCCCGCAGCCUACUGGGACAACAUACAAACCGACAGCCGCUACCACGCUCCUGAAGGCAGCCAGCACGAUACCUGCGGAGAACUGCUCUUCGUGAACACCAACUGGUAUAAUAGUACUUUCAAGCGGACGCUGAGAAAAUAUGGGAUACUGGUGAAGGUGGAUGGCGUGAUGUGA